AGCAUACAAUGAAAUUAAAAGGUAUAUUCUAGAGUUAUGUAGUUGUCCAACCUCAUAGCCUUCCACUAGGUGGCUGUAUGUACAUCCGAAGUUGCUUGCAAUCCAUUAAUAAUGAUAAGAAGAAGUUAGGGUUGGCCCUAAUCUUAUUUUUAAUUUAAAAAAUUAAAAAUAAAAAUACGGAUGGAUUUGCUCAUAUGAUUAUAUGAAAAUCUGUGUUUGUACCAUAUGAAAAUGUUUAAUAUUUGUAUUAGUAGUAAUAAUAAUAAAUUACGGAUUGCACCCGACAAAACAUUAGAGAAGAAGAAGAAGAAGAAGCUUACGUCAUUCGACGCGACACUUUCCACGGUCGGAGCUGGUGAGUAGCCCCUGAAUCUGUCAAAUAAAAAUGUAGUAAAAAACCUCAAAAGACCGAAAGUCUACAUUUAUAAAUCUGCUGAUGGUAGUUCUAUGAGUUAAUGUUAGCGAGUAUGUGGCACAGCAUGUGUUUGUACAGAUUUAGACACGUUUUUAACCCUAUUUGGUAGAAGAAAAAGCUAGCUAAAGUAGCCUCUUAAAAGCCAGUCACAUUCAAAUGUAGCUGUCCUUCAUACCUUUAAUAACAAUGUGCUAAAAUUUUGUUUUUUUUAUUAUUAUUUUAUGCUUCUCGGUGUUACAGUAUUUCUGUCUUCUUUCUGUUCUCUCCCACUUUAGAACCAUGCCUAAAUAUAAGAGCAGUGUCCGUUGUAAGACCAAAAAAAUAAAAGUAACUCGGAAAACCAUCGGUGCUCGGGCGAAAUAUUCCUACAUUCCCUCACAUGCAGGCUCAUCUGACACCAACACUGUUUUUCCCUCAUCAAAUGAUAUUUGUACUGAAAACUCAAAGGAAGAAGGGACCGCGUAUACCAGGGCAAAAAGGAAGGAGCUGAGCCUAUGGGAUACACUAAAAGAUCAGGUCUUGGAAGAGUCCUAUAAGUCCUCCGCUCCUUUCUCUGACAUGUGCUCUGUGUGCAAGAAACCUGGAGUAUACCGCUGUCUGGAAUGCAGCAGAAGCAGUGUUUUUUGCAAGGAUUGUGUCUACACAGUACCCAUAAAUUCUUUGCACCUCCCUGAAAAGUGGAAUAAAACCUGCUAUGAGGCUGCUUUCCAGCAGUUGGUGUUGCAUUUAAGUGGGGAUCACAGCACCCAUGUUGUUUACUCCAGAGAUGUAAAGACUUUUGUCAACACAGGUCAUCUCAUUAAUUGCACAGUUUCUUUUUGUAAAUGCGAACCUGAGGUCUGCACUCUUCUGAAGUAUGGCCUUUGGCCUGCUUCACCGGAGAAGCCACAGGCUGCUUUUUCAAUGGCUCUUCUUGAGCUAUUUGUCCAUCUUUCUUUGGAGUGCCAGGUCUCUGUAGAGGGAUUCAUCAACACCUUACGGUGGAAAAACAAUCUUACUGUUAUGGAGGUUAAUAUGCUGUACAGACCCCUAGUAGGAGAGUCUAUUUCCCAGUUUCGCCAUUAUCACUUCCGACGAAGAGAUUGUUCCAAGAUGGAAGAGGAACUAUGUGAUGAAGCUGACCGAAAUCAACCAGCUCAGAUCCGGAUCACAUAAACAGGAGUCACUCAUUGAAGAUGAAUAACAGCUGGACAGGGAUCUUCGAAUAAUUGAGAGACACCAUGGUGUAAAACGAAGGUGGCUCCCUUCGGAUGACAUUUUCCAGAGAACACUGAGAG